UAGAACUAGGAGAUAGGGGAAGUUGUCUGACAAUAAUUAGCCAGCAGAAAUACUUUUUAGGUCACGAGAAAAUAGAUAUGAAGUUCUUAAAUAGGUGUGGUGUAUAGGUUUAGUAUAAGUUACCUUUAAAUAUCCUACACUUCCCACAGGAUAUAAAAAAAACUCGAAGUCGCCUUCUAAGCUUGGGAAAGUGGUGCCUUCUACUAUACAGCCAUACUCAUCUCCUCGUCACCAUGCCGUUCCCCUUCGGGAAGUCUCAGAAGAACCCUGCGGAGAUUGUGAAGAGUCUGAAGGAGAACGUAGCUUACUUGGAAAAGCUGGAUGCGGCAGAAAGCAAAAAAUGUGAAAAGGUUGCAGAGGAGGUGUCUAAGAACCUAUCAUCUCUGAAAGAGGUGCUGUGUGGUUCAGGGGACAAGGAGCCCCAAACGGAGGCUGUGGCCCAACUGGCCCAGGAGCUGUACAACACCAACCUCCUCAUUGCUCUCAUCGCAAACCUGCAGAGGAUUGAUUUUGAGGGAAAGAAGGAUGUGGUGCAUCUGUUCAGCAACAUUGUGCGGCGCCAGAUUGGCACCCGUACGCCCACGGUUGAGUAUAUCUCCUCACACCCACAGAUCCUCUUCAUGCUGCUGAAAGGGUACGAGAGUGCGGAGGUGGCUCUGAACUGUGGGGUGAUGUUAAGGGAGAGCCUGCGUCAUGAGCCCCUGGCCCGCACAAUUCUCUUCUCGGAGGACUUCUACUGCUUCUUCCGCUAUGUAGAGUUCUCCACCUUCGACAUCGCCUCAGACGCUUUCGCUUCGUUCAAGGAUCUUCUCACGAGACACAAGAUUAUGUGCGCAGAUUUUCUGGAGACCAAUUAUGACCAGGUGUUUACAGAAUAUGAGAAGCUACUGCAUUCCGAGAAUUAUGUCACCAAACGGCAGUCCCUAAAGCUCCUGGGAGAGCUUCUUCUGGACAGACACAACUUCACUGUGAUGACCAAGUACAUCAGCCGGGCUGAGAACUUGAAGCUGAUGAUGAACAUGCUGAGAGACAACAGCCGCAACAUCCAGUUUGAGGCCUUCCAUGUCUUCAAGGUGUUUGUGGCCAACCCCAACAAGACCCAGCCGGUGCUGGACAUCCUGCUGAAGAAUCAGGCCAAGCUGGUGGACUUCCUGAGCCGCUUCCAGAGAGACCGCUCCGAGGACGAGCAGUUCUGCGAUGAGAAGAUUUACCUGAUCAAGCAGAUUCGUGACCUGAAGAGGCCCACAGCACCAGAGGAGGCAUGAGGGAGACAGGCAGGGGGACAGCACCAGAGGAGGAAUGAGGGGACAGGCAGGGGGACAGCACCAGAGGAGGAAUGAGGGGACAGGCAGGGGGACAGCACCAGAGGAGGAAUGAGGGGACAGGCAGGGAGACAGCACCAGAGGAGGCAUGAGGGAGACAGCACCAGAGGAGGCAUGAGGGAGACAGCACCAGAGGAGGCAUGAGGGAGACAGCACCAGAGGAGGCAUGAGGGAGACAGCACCAGAGGAGGCAUGAGGGAGAUAGCACCAGAGGAGGCAUGAGAGGACAGGCAGGGGGACAGCGCCAAAGCACAGGUAGUGGUGAUGCUAGUGAUUUUGGUUGGGGCCUUCAGAAUUCAGAGAGAGAAUGAUAGUGAGAGAAGCAUACUUAACUAGAUUCCAUUACUCUGCCCUUCUCUUAACUUCAAACAUAGGAACAAUAUACUGUACAAAGUCGUCCCCCCCCCCCCCCCCCCCUCAAAAUCAUGGAGGUGAUUUUGAGGCACACGCGACAAGAGUGACCAGAGAACUGUUAGUUAAACCAUAGAUCUAUUUCAGCCAGUAAGUAUAUGAAAUCAAUGCACUUAGUCAGAUGAUGGUAUAUUGAACAUUAAACACACCAUUAGCCUCUUUAAUAAGCACAGUAGCACACCUGAGCCAUUUCCUGGGAAAUCAGGAUAAGUGGUCCACAAAACAGAAUACACUCUCCCCGACAGACUCCCCAAACCUUACAAGAACUUUGAAAUGGAUUUGUAAGCUUUUAAAGACAGAUGUCCUAUAUGAUAUUUUAGGGAUUAGAAUAUAAAAAUAAAGAUUAUUUUGCUGGGGUUAUUCAGUUAACAUAUAUUUUGUAGUGGUCUUGUUUCUGACACCAUACUUAACUAAUUCCAUAAUGUGUUGGUUUAUUGCUUAGCUUUGGAUAGACUCUUGGGUCAGAGUAGGUCAUUGUAAUCUUUAGUUGAUAACACGGUAAUUAUCUUCAGUCCAUCUCCUAAUGACAAACAGUGACAAUGGAAGGCUCAAAGACGUGAGUUCGUAGCAACUGUUGUCCUAAUAGGAGCCAUCCAUCAGAGAUGACAGUAAAAAAACUAUAUGAAAACAUGAAUCAAUGAUAUGAUAGUAGGGCCCAGGCUAGUGGACUAUAAUAUAACCUACAGAUGGUUUUAGUAGGGGCCAGGCUAGUGGACUAUAAUGGACCUACAGAUGGUUUUAGUAGGGGCCAGGCUAGUGGACUAUAAUGGACCUACAGAUGGUUUUAGUAGGGGCCAGGCUAGUGGACUAUAAUGGACCUACAGAUGGUUUUAGUAGGGGCCAGGCUAGUGGACUAUAAUGGACCUACAGAUGGUUUUAGUAGGGGCCAGGCUAGUGGACUAUAAUGGACCUACAGAUGGUUUUAGUAGGGGCCAGGCUAGUGGACUAUAAUGGACCUACAGAUGGUUUUAGUAGGGGCUAGGCUAGUGGACUAUAAUGGACCUACAGAUGGUUUUAGUAAGGGCCAGGCUAGUGGACUAUAAUGGACCUACAGAUGGUUUUAGUAAGGGCCAGGCUAGGCUGCAGGGUGAUCCAUUCUUUAGUCUGAUUGAUCCCAAUGAUGGCACUCUUUUCUUUCUCCUGGCACGGACGCUUGCUAGUUUUCAUGUGCAGUUAGGAACUGGUGUAAGUUAGGAAGGUGUUUUUUAUUUUAGAAAUGUUCACUAACUAAUAUUAAGAUGAGAUGUACCCUCCAACAAUAUUACCAACACAUAGUAUCUAUGGGACGAGUAAUACAAUACGAAAGUAACACUGUACUGUCUAAGAGGAGCCGAAUCCUCCCAGUCCUGAUACUCUAGUAAACAUGGGCUUACUGUGAGCUGCAUGCUGCUUCUCAGGGCUUCUCUCAGGCAGCCAGACGCACUGGUCAAGAAUCCACAGAAUGCACAUAAUGAUCGGCACCGUCAAAUUUAAAUGAGCCAAUUCGGAUGAAGUAUGUUGUAUCAAUUGCACCUAAUUGGCCACUCCUCAAUUCUCUACUCAAGCUUAGGACCUAUCAAUACCUCAAUCAAUAAUUACGUUGUAUGUUGUCCAGAUGAACUACAAAAUGGGAUUCUCAUCUAAUAACAGCAUUUUGCCUUACCUAGUGUCACUUAAAUUGCAUAAUAACAGAUUACAAAAAAAUAUGGUGUCUGCACAAUUUUCUAGUAUAUACCUCAUUGAGUUCAUAAGGGCUGUUUUCUCUACUUGACAAUAUAUUUUGGACAAAGAGCAGUGGUUUGUAUUAUACAUGAUAAAUAUGUCAAUGGUUUUAUUUUAACUUCAACAGGGAGUGGGACCUGGUUUUCUUUAAGGGGAAAACCAGAAUCUUCAACUAAAUGUAUUAGUUGGGUGCCUCAAAUUUCAAUUCAUAUUGAAUAAGAGGACACAAGUAUGAAUGUUGUCUUACUUUCAGAAUUGCAAUUUGAUUGGGAAGACCAUGUAUGUGGAGGUAUAGACCUCACCAAUCUUCUUAAUCAAAGGUAGUAUAAGGGGCAGUGCUUGACUUGACUGAGAUGGGUGCCCGUACUCAUUUUGGGUGCUGGUUCUGUUUACAUUUAGAUGCAGGAGCUCCUCAAUACUUUCGAGCUAAUAUUCUAUAAGAGGAACAGGAGCUCAAGCAGUAAAAAACUUGAGGUGCUGUUACUCUGCUCCGGUGAGCUCCUGCCCAAGUCGAGCACUGAUGAGGGGGGUAAAUAAUGUAUUUCAAAUCCCAAAAAACACCAACUUCACAGGCCCAGAUUAAAUUAUUAACUGCAAAUGUGAUUUAUUGAAUAUAGAUAAACCUUGAAUGGAAUACAUAUGAACUAUUCCAGGACUUUUUACCAAAAGUGCAAUUUAGUCCAGUAGUACUGUAGGCUUAAUCCUGUUAACUGUAAUCAGCCCACAGUCUGUUAUUUAUAAGAAUUUCAGAGCACCUGUUUUGUGGUAGACCAAGCAUUAAUCAAUGUUUGAUCAAAACUUUAAACUGAAUAAUUUAUUGGAGGAAACCAAAUAUAAAGCAAACAUUUCUGAUAAUUUUCAGACUUGUGGUUGUUUGGCUAGUAUAAUAACUCAAUGACAACAUACAAACAUUAUCAAGAUUUGUCAAGGCUAAAUUAUUUUUGGGUGAUUCAGAAUUUGAACUGUAAAAUGUAUGUUGUACUUUACCUUUUUCACUGUGUUGCCUUCCUAUUUUCCAAUUUUUUUGUGUCUGAUUAUUUUCUUUAUUUACUGUGGGAGAGGAUGAAAUGUGUACAUAGCUUUAUUUUAAAAGGUUAUAGUGUGGAAGCAUAUAUAAAAAUAAAAUGAUGACAUCUUUGUUUGUUUUUAUUACA